GCCUCUGAACGUUCAUUGGAUGAGGGCACCUUAAAGAAGGCAAAAAUGUAGUGAGAUCUGGCGUCCAAACCGCUACCCGAUGUAGCCAUCUUUCUUUGACGCGGACGGCACAGUAGAGGCAUGGACUUGUUCAUCGUCGUUCAUGGUUUAUCACGAGUGCCCCUGAAAUGCAGAUAGCAACUUGUCGAUCUUUUCAAAUAAAUAAAACAGAAAGUUUCCGCGUCCACACGAACUGGCCUAUCGAUUCCUGAUGUAAGCAUUACAGAAAACGUUGACUGUACUAGCUGCGCCGUAAAAAAGUGUUCCGUGAUUUUACUGGAAUAAUGCCAUUAUUUAAAAAUAAAUAAAAACACCGACCAAAGCACACCUUUCUCUUUAAGGUUGCGCGAGGAAAGCUCGCCGACAGCCCCCGCUCUCCUACCCACGCUAGGCUGACCCUGGCCCACUACCUGUGUGUUUUCGACGCGGACUUUUCCGGGCGGGAAGUAGUAUGUUGUGGUGGCUGUCGCCCGUGUUCUCAGUGGCGGCGGCGGCGGCAUGCGGUGUUGGUAAGGACACAUGGGCGCGAUGGGCGCGUGGCUUCAAGGUCAGCAAAGAUCAAGGCUGUCAAACUGUCAAACUUGCCCGACACUCCUUCUCGACAGCACCCCUCCUGGAAAGGGCGGCCCGGGGUGCAGCGGUGGCCAACGCACGACCAGUCAUGCCGACUGCGGGCGGCCGCCCGAGCACGGCGUCGCUCGCGCUCCAGACUCUCCUGUUAGUGUCACCAGUGCUGGCCGAAGCAGCCCGGGGCCUGCUGGCUGCCGCCCAGCAGAGCGACACUGCCGUGCCGGGGUGGGCGGGGUGCGUCCUGGCCGUGCUCAGCCGCUACCCGGCCCUCCUAUCCUCCGUGUGGUGCGAGUCUGCGACGGCGUGCCUGCCGGGGGCGACGCUAGCCAACACUAGCACGUCGUCGUCGUGGUGCACGUCAUGGACGCUGGGGUUGACACCGGAUCAAGGCAAUCAAGGGCCGUCCAGCCUGCGGCCGGGCGCGAUCCACGUCCUGGUGCACGACGAUCAGCCCGCGGACCUUUGGUGGCGGGUCCGCGGCCGGCGCCUGCACGUCUGGCUCGGGGCGCCCGCUGCCGGGCUCGCCUACCUGAGCGCGCUGUGGCGCCGCGCGCAGCUGUCCGACGCGCUGCUGCUCCUGCCGGGCGCGCGGCCCCGCGACCCCGUGCGCAUCUUCUCCGUGUACCCCUACGCCACCGAGUGCGACAGCGACGCCGCGGUGCUCGUCGACGAGUGGGUCCCGGACGCGAGUGGUGACCAUGGCGGCGCCUUUCGCCUCGGACGCGACUUGUUCCCGAGGAAACUUCACGACCUGCGAGGCUGCAACCUCACCGUCUUCGCGCGCGAGGACAGUCCCUUUAUGCUGCUGACCAAGGACCCGAUCACAGGAGAGACGGUGCUGGGCGGGCAGCUGCGACCUGUACUCAGCGCCGUCGAACAGCACCUCAACUUCCGCGCCGUGCUGCGCACGCCGGUUGAUAACGAGACGGCGUGCGACUCGCGACUCGCCACGCACCUGCGGCACGCCGACCUGGCCUUCACCAUGAGCGUCCACGGCGUGGACGCGGACGCAGUCAGGUACGACGACUCCAAGCUGGUGGUGUGCUUGACGUGGUGCGUGCCCGUGGUGGAGGUGCGCGCCGUGGCGCUCCAGGAGCUGCUCACGCCCGCGGCGUGGCUGAGCGUGGCGGUGGCGUGCGUGGCGGCCGGGCUGGCGCUGGCGGUCGUGCAGCGCGUUGGGGUGGACAGCCUCGGCGGCGUGUGGGGCGCGUGCGGGCUCGUGUGCGGCCCGCUGCUGCAGCAGCCCGCGCCCCUACACCCGAGGGGCUCCACGCUCCGCGUGCACUCCGACGCCAUGCGCGCGCUCGUCGCCCACUGGGGCUUCGCCGCCCUGGUGCUCGUCGCCGUCCUCGAGGGCUCCGUCAAGAGCGCCAGCGUCACGAUGCGCUCUGAGCCGGUCGUGCGCUCUGUGCACGACCUGGUCCACGGCGCGGGCGCGCGGCUAGCGCUGUUGGGCUCGGUGGGCGUGGUGGACGUGGUCCGGUUGUCGGCCACCCACUCGGUCGCCACGAGCGACGAGGAUAUGCUGCUGAACGGGGAGCUCUCCAAGCGCCUGCGUGUGUGCGACUCGCUGCUGGACGACGCCCUGAACCGCGUGGCCGACGUCGGCGACGCUGCCGUGCUCACCUUCGACAUCCGCUGCACCAACUACAACCACGCGCGCGGGCAGACGCACCUGCACCUGUUCGAGGACUUCUGCAUGCGGCCCUCGCCGCUGCACCUGUUCAGCGCGCCGCGCUGGUCGCCCUACAUAGACCCCGUGUCGGAGGUGCGGGUGCGGCUCGGCGAGGCUGGGCUGGUGACCCACCGGCUCAUGCACAAGCAACGGCAGCCGCACGGCCAGGUCCGCGGGCACGCGCACGGCUUCGGCCACGCCGCCAUGGCCCAGUGGACAACCACCCCGCUGAGCGACGUGCUGCCGUGCUUCCUCCUCCUCGCCACAGGCCUCGUCCUGGCCGCCGCCUCCAUGGCGGUGGAGCUGGCGUACGCCUCGCGCGCUCAAGCUCAAGCGUGCGUCUCCGAAUGUCGCCUUGGGCUUGGCGACGGCGGAAGAAAGGGCUUUCGUGGACUGGAAGACUCACCUCCAGACUAACGGAGAAGAGAAGAGGAGGG